AACUCCUGGAGUUCGUGCACUUCUUUUUGUUUGCUCACAUAUUCCCCCUCUCUCCUCCCUGCAUGUGACGCUGUCUACCCACCCACACCUAGAGAGAGAGAGGGGGAGAGAGAGAGAGAGAGAGAGAGAGAGGAGGGACAGAGAGCAGCACAGAAAGCCAGUCUGCUUUCAGCUCCCAGUUCACUGUAGCGCUUGUUAGACAGCACUCACCAUCCACCAGCACGCGGCUCUCAAACACACUCACUCGCGCCGCACGACAGCACGACAGCACGACAGCUGACAACUCCUUUUCAUUUCAACAGAGGCGCCGCGCUCGCAGCACACAGCCAGAUCCGAAGGACCCGGGAGGAAGGCAGGCUCGGUUCUGACCGCACGCGGACGCGCCAGCUCCGGGGAGGCUGGGUCGAGGCUGGAGAGGGCGACUGGAGAAUGGAAUGGAACCUCAGAAGGAUGGAAAGUGAACUGAGGCACAUCAACCCGGACCUGCUGCAGCCCAGCAAGAGCUUCAAGAAGCCGUCGUCGGGCACCGUCACGCUCAACGUCGGCGGGUUCCUGUACACCGCCCACCGAACCACCCUGUCCAAGCAGCAGGGCUCCUUCCUGGAGGAGCUGGCCAACGGCAAGAAGCCGGUUCAGCACACCGACUCCAUGGGCAACCCGUUCAUCGACAGGGACGGCCCCGUGUUCCGCCACGUGCUCAACUACCUGAGGACGGGGGAGCUGCAGCUGCCCGACGACUUCCGGGAGGCGGGGCUCCUGCGGCGGGAGGCCGACUUCUACCGCCUGGGUGAACUGGUGGAGGCCGUGGUGGAGUGGGAGGGCCAGCGGGCGGCCCAGCGAGAGCCCGCCUUCCUGGAGGUGACGGACAGCCACGACAGGUCGCAGGGCCUCAAGGUGUACUGCAGCGACCCCUCCUUCAUCGACAAGGUCAAAGGGCGCCUGGUGCAGAUCUCCAAGAGCCGCCUGGACGGCUUUCCGGAGGAGUUCGUGGUGUCGUCCAACGUGAUCCAGUUCCGGCACUUCAUCAAGUCGGAGCCGGGCUCGCGGCUCGUUCUGAAGGAGGACAGCACGUUCGUGUGCACGCUUGACUGUCUGAAGCUGGAGACGGUGAUGCUAGCGCUGCGGUCCGGCUUCAAGCUGGUCACCAGCCUCGACAGCAGCAAAGGCUCUGUGGUGGCGGCCGAGGCCCUGCACUUCGUCAAAUAGGGUGGAAGGAAACGGCCGAGAGAGGAGGGGCGAGAGAGAGAGAGCAGUCUCUGGCUCCUCAUCCAACCUAAUAUAGGGCAUCGACUUGAAGAUCUUGUAAUGUGUAAUGUGUCGUGUGGGAGAAAAAAAACAGGUGGGUUGGACAGUCACAGUAUAGUGUUUAUAUCUCGGGUGAUCUUUGUGAGUAGAAUGACGUGUCGGCAUCAAUCGUUGCACUGCUUUGUAAGUUAGUGUUUACAGAAUCCAGAGCGAUCGCGAUCAACUUUUACAUAAGUGCCAGUGAUGGUGUGUGAAUUAGGUGUGACUGGAUGUUACCCGUGUGUAAUACGGGGGCACAACGACGCACAAUCCUUUGGCGGGGAUCAAAAGGACUGUUUGUGUGGACGCGUGUCUGCGAAGGAACUGCUUCUGCUUCAGCCUUCAAAACCACAUGUGACGCGCACUGUUGUGCCACUCAGCUUUUACUACAGUCAGUGUGUAUGUGUGUGUGUGUGCGCGCGCGCGUGUGUGUGUGUGCUGUGUUUAGUUGGAUUAACGGCUUGCGUUUCGUUUAAUAGCCUCUCUGGAGCCCGAAGGUCACAUCCGGGUGCACGGAGGGCGUUCUGGAAGGACUGUGCCCAAAUUUGGUCCAAAUACUGUUUUCAAAAUCAUGUCAGCAACUUAAGUUUGCCUGCAAAAGAACAGUGAUUAUUGUAAGGGCUUCAACUCUAGCAUGAUGCAUGUGCACUAAAUAAACUGUGUUUGUUAGUGCUGUGAGCCACAACAAAGUCUAGUCCUUCUUUAAUGUGACCAUUUUACGAGUAUAAGUGACACUGAAGCUAUUGGUUUAAAGUGUUGUCAAGUGUAUCUGGAAAAAAAACAAGUCUGUGUACAGUUCAGUUCCACUGCCUGGUGAAGCUUGUCAAAUUUAUGCUAAUAAAUUUUUAUUGUUUAGAAUUUA